UAUACUUAUCAUCUCUGUACUUAUUGACAAAUCUCUGCACAAGAGGUCAAGUUGUUUUGUACACAAAUCUGGCAGAAACGUUUUUAGAAGUUUACAAGUACAUGUGCACAAAAAUUGAUCAGUGA